AUGGAUCGGACAGAGAAAAACUCGAGCGUGAAGAUGACCGGCUCGCUGAGUAUGUUGUCGGACCCGACCAUUCUCCAGCCCAUCCAGUUUGCUGCGGUGCGCCUGGCGGAGAUCAACGCCAUGCUCGAGGCCAAUACCAUCACCACGGAUGGCCAGCGUGCGUUCCAGAAGCUGCCGCGCUACCUCCGCCGCCGCACCGCCUCGCACAACGUCAAGCGGCUGCCCAAGCGGCUGAGGUUUGCGGCCCAACUCGAGGUCAAGCCGGCGGCGGCGGCCGACAAGCCGUCGCGCAAGAGGCGGCGGCGGCCCAACUCGAUCGUUGACUAUACACGCCGGGCGGGCAAGGCGUUCUGGCUGGAGACUCACGUGUGGCACGCCAAGCGCAUGCACAUGGCCACUAUUUGGGGCGUUCGCAUGGCGCUUACCUCUACCGACAAGGGCGCGCGGUAUGUGGUCAAGGCUGCCGCCACCGAGGCGCUUGUCCGUGACAUUUCGUUUGUCCGCACCGCCGCCAUCUCGUUUGCGUCGGCCGCCGCUGCCGCCGCCGUUCUCCCGCUCUUGGCUGCCACGCCAGAUGGAGCUGCCCGCGUCCUCGCUGCCAUGUCUGGCGAGCGCGGCGUCGACUUUGGCCUUGCCGCGCCCGGUGGCGGGUGCCUCGGCCCAACAACCGGCGUGUGGAUGGCCGACAACUGCCUGUGGCUCACCCUCCAUCCCGCGCUUGCUGCCGACGCUACCGACGUACUCGCAUCCGCCGCAGCCUCGGUGCCUGGCACCACCGUCGAGCACCUCCUGCCCGGCGAGCUCUGCCGGUUCACCCUCUUCGGCCCGCGGAGUAACCGGAUUCUGGCGCUGCUUCUCGGCGAGGCCAGCGGCGCCGGUACGGUCCUCGCGCAGCUGCACUCGCCAGACUCGCUUCCUGCGCGGGCUGUGCUCACCGCCGGCAUCACCGACCCGCGGCUGCUGGUCUUCCGCAAGCCGCCGCCAAGCAUCUCGCCGGCGCGCCGUGGGCAGUGGGCAUCGGCCAAAAGUGGGCUUCCGCCGCGGCCGGCCAUGGGCGUCUCGCAUGCAAACAGCCAGCUUGUCAGCAACUGGCCGGGCACCGCCAGCGACGCCAGCGUCCGCCGCACGCUCGUCUCGAGCGCCGAACGAGCAGCCCUCGCCGCCGCCGUUCCGUCGACUGCCGACGUCAACGCGCUGCGCGGCUCGGUACUCGGGGGGGGCACGCCCGAGUUUGUGGCCGCUGCCGCGCAGUCGGGCUCGCCCCUCGCUGCGCCCGUCCCGGUCAUGGUCGUCCAGCGGCCGGCGCUCGGACCGCACGGCUACGGCGCGGGGUUUGACCUUGUCGUCCCGCGCGGCUACGGCAAGGCCUUUAUGCUCGCGAUGGUGUAUGCCGGCGCACGAGCCAUCGGGCAUGACGACGCCGCAGCGGUGGCUACCGAGGCCGGUGCCGCCGCCUUUCCGUUUGACUACGUCGGCAGCCGGGCGUACGCCGCGCUCUGCGCUUCGCAGGCUGCGGCGGCCGAGGCGCACUGGCGCGCCCGGCCGCCGUCCAAGCGGGUCAACUUUGGGCUCAUCGGCUCGCCGGCCCCGUUUGCACCCGACUGGGCCCUUGUCGCCGGCGAGACCGUCCGCUUCUCGUCGCUCGACAUGACCAACCCGGCGCCCGCCGAUGAGGCCCGCAAGCACAAGAUGAAGCGUCUUGUGGCCUCGCCGAACUCGUUCUUCAUGGAUGUCAAGUGCCCUGGCUGCAUCGCCAUCACUACCGUCUUCUCGCACGCCCAGUCGGUCAUCUACUGCGCUUCGUGCAACCAGGUCCUCUGCCAGCCGACUGGCGGUGCCGUCUCGCUCCAGGAGGGCGCCAGCUUCCGCAAGAAGAUCAACUAA